CUUUUAAAGCUGCUGUCCAGCGAAUGCCAGAAAGAGCCUGUGAAGUAAAUACAGUUGGGUACUCAGAGGAGGAUGAGUCCCAAACUGAAGACGGAGUAAAGAUGAAGAGAACUUACAGUAGGAAAAGGUAUGAGGACCUCCAGAGUGUUUCCCUGGGAACAGUAGAUUACUCGACAACCAGCUGUUCUGUGAUGUCAUCAGAUGGCCUGGCCAAUGGGUCAGACCCAGGGUCCAUCGGUCCGCCCACUGCAAGGCUCCCUCCAAGACUGGUCGCGAAGGAUGUUUGGCCUCAAGGCCCAGAAGCUAGCGGGGAGCAGUCCCAGCCUCAUGAUCAGAGCUGGAACUCCAGCAGGGAGCAAGGACCUGACGCCUGGGCUCCAGGCAGAGACCGACCCCAGGACCAGGUGUGGAACUCUGGCAGAGACAGAGGGGGACACUCCAGUCAGGACCAGAUAUGGAUUCCAGGCAGGGACAGAACUCAGUGUGGGCUGGAUCAGUCCUGGAUGACAGGCCGGGAGCGGGGUCCUGAUCAGGGCUGGGCAGCUAGCAGAGAUCAAGGACAGGAUCAGGCCUGGAAUGGAGGCAGAGAUCCAGGAAGGGACCGGGACUCGUCAGGGCCGGAACAAGGGUGGGGUACUGGCCGAGGCCCAGAUCAAACCUGGAACAACACAAACAGGGAUAGAGGGAACGUGUGGAGACCUGACUUGAACAUGAAAAAGGUCCAGAGGCCAGAGAUGGAGCCAAGCCCCGCACCCAAUAACUUCACACAGCCACCAGAGGGCAGAGAAUCCUGUUCAGAUGCUGCCAGUGCUGGUCAGGCCUCAACAGCUCAGCCGAACGAAGACCAGAAACCUUCAAUCCUGCCGGCUAAGAAGGAACCUCCUACUUAUCCUCCAGGAAGCCAAGAGGAACGCUGGCAGCUCCAGAUUGUUGCCAAAGGAAGAGUCACCUGUCCAAAGUGUAAAAGUGUGAGCAGGAAGACUGUGGAGGGGCUGAAGAAACACAUGGAGAACUGCCGACUGCAACCUUUUACCUGCCAACACUGUGGGAAACAGCUCAAGUCUUCAACAGGGAUGAAGUAUCACAUCAUGGCUGACCACAGCCACUUGCCUUCAGCUGAUGAUACCAAGGACCUGGAUGAUCGUGCUAUAAAAGACAAGCUACGUAAAAUCCUGAAGAGACUGGGCAAAUUAAAAUGUUCCAAAGAGGGUUGUAACGCUGCAUUUACCAGCAUCAUGGGCUACGUGUAUCACAUGAAGAAGUGUGGAAAGGAGGAGUCCGAGCUGGAGAAAAUGCUGCUGAACUGCUCUCACUGCGGGAAGACGUAUAAAUCCAAGGCUGGUCUGGAGUAUCACCUGAAAUCAGAGCAUGCUCCUACCCCACAGAAGACUGAGGAAGAUGAGGCACUGAAGGCUCAGAGGGAGGCUAAUCCAGAGAGGACGCCCAGCGGCAGGGUGCAGAGAGCCUCGGCCCAGGUGGCCAACUUCCACCUGGCUGAGAUUGCCAACAAUGAACUGCCCAAAGACUGGCCCAAGAGGAAGUUUCAGUCCGACCUGGUACCAGAUGACAAGAAGUUGAAAUAUGCCCGACCCGGCCUCCCUGCUUUCAGCCAGGAGGUGCUGAGGAAGUGGAAGAAUGAGGUGAAGCUGCAGAGGAAAGUCCAGUGCCCCAACCAGGGUUGCGGUUGCACCUACACGAGUGUGUCUGGACUCAAAGCUCAUCUGGGACUCUGCACGAGGGGCGACUUUGAGGCCGGUAAAUACAGAUGUCUGAUCUGCAAUAAAGAGUUUAACUCUGAAAGUGGAGUGAAAUACCACAUCAACUCUGUCCAUUCACAGGAUUGGUUUGUGACGAACAAAAAAGCCUCCAAGAAGUUUGAGAAGUUCCUUAAAAACCAGCCCAAAGAGGUCGUCCGUAAUGUGGAUAAGCAGACUGUUGAUCAGUACCACCAUCAUCACCUGCAGCAUCAUCCUCAUCAUCAUCAGCAGCAGCACCAUCAACAACACUCACAUCACCACCAUCAUCAGCAGCAGCAGCACCACCAGCUCCAGCACCAGCCUCUGCAGCACCCACUUCAGCCGCUGCAUCACCUCCAACACCAAACUCAGUACCUCCAUCCAGAGAGGCAGAACCUUCCUCCACAAGUGGACCCCCAGCCCCAACAGCCGAUGCUCCAGUACACCAGUUUGGAGCCUCCUCCGGGGCCAGUGUGGGUCGAUAUGGACCACAGAGGAGCCGUGCUGGGGCCGGAGCAGGCCCCGAUCGAAAUGGAAAUGGCUGACAAACCUGAGGAGGACAGUGGUGGGAUGGUGAAGGAUACAAGGAGAGGGAAGGAGGAAAAAGGAGUAGAUGUAGGGGAGAGGGGGAAGGCUGAUAGGAAGCAGAAGGACUGCUUCACUUUCGGCGGUAGCAGCAGAGGCGGAGGUUGUGGGCGCAGCAGCAGCAGUAGCAGUAGCAGCAGCAAUACCGGCAGCUCAUCGAGCGAAUCGGAGGUCGAGCAGCAGGAGCGGCAGAGACAGAUUGACCAGUGGAGCCUGAAACGACCGGGCAUCAUGGGCCUUCGCUGAGGCUGG